CAUAUUUUAAAAGAAGGUCAAUUUGAUAAUCUAAGCACGCCACUAGCAGGUUUGCUUCCCUGUGUGAUUGCUACACUGCACCGGUGCUUAACGUUAUUGCAGGGCCCAGGGCCAGUCGAUGCUUCUCAAUCAUUGCAGAUGCAGAGGCUCCACCACACAAAUCACAAACAACCAUCGAUCCAAGCUUCAUUCAAGCCAUCAACGCAUGGAGAAGACGGUCGUUCUGUACCCCGGCCUCGCCGUGAGCCACUGCGUCCCCAUGAUGCAGCUCGCCGCGCCCCUCCUCGAGCACGGCUACGCCGUCUCCGUCGCGCUCAUCGACCCCGCCGUCAAGGACGACAUCGCCUUCGGCGCCGUCGUGUCCCGCGUCGCCGCCUCCAUGCCGUCCGUCCGCUUCCACACGCUCCCGACCGUGGAGGACGUGCCCGAUCUAACCCAGGACACGCAGUUCCCCGCCGGCUACCUCGAGCUCAUACGCCGCUACAACGAGCGCCUCCACGACUUCCUCUGCUCCAUGCGCCCCCGGAGCGUCCAUGCCGUGGUCGUCGACUCGCUGUCCAGCGAGGCGCUCGGCGUGGUAAAGAGGCUCGGGAUCCCCGGCUACAACUUGUUCACCUCCAGCGCCUCCGUCCUCGCCGCCUUCGCCCAGCUUCCGACACUUCUCGCAGAGGGCGGGACGAGCUUCAAGGAGCUAGGAGACACCCCUCUCCAGCUCUUCGGCCUUCCACCCAUGCCGGCUUCACACCUAAUGGCCGAACUGCUUGAGGACCCGGAGAGCGACAAGUAUAAGGCGAUGAUGGCCUCGCUGCCCCGGAUCCUGGAGGCCGACGGCACGCUGGUGAACACGCUCGAGUCAUUGGAGGCUCGGGGGGUGGCUGCUCUCAGGGACCCUCGGUGUGUCCUCGGCCGGGUAUUGCCUCCGGUGUACUGCGUCGGGCCAUUUGUCGGCAGCAUCGCCGUCGCCGAGGCAAAAGAGCGGCACGAGUGCCUCCCUUGGCUAGACGGCCAACCUGACCGGAGCGUCGUGUUCCUCUGCUUCGGGAGCAUCGGCAUAGGAAACCACUCCGAGGAGCAGCUCAGGGAGAUCGCCGUCGGGCUAGACAAGUCCGGCCACCGCUUCCUGUGGGUUGUGCGAGCCCCAGUCAGCGACGACCCGGAGAAGCCGCUCGACCCCUGUGCCGACCCGGACAUCGACGCGCUCCUACCGGACGGGUUCAUGGAGCGCACCAAUGGCCGUGGCCUCGUCGUCAAGCUGUGGGCACCGCAGGCGGACGUUCUCCGCCACAAGGCCACCGGGGCGUUCGUGACGCACUGCGGAUGGAACUCGGUGCUGGAGGGCGUCACGGCGGGAGUGCCGAUGCUGUGCUGGCCGCUGUACGCGGAGCAGAAGAUGAACAAGCUGUUCAUGGUGGGGGACAUGGGGAUCGCCGUAGAGAUGGUCGGGUGGCAGCACGGGCUGGUCAAGGCCGGCGAGGUGGAGGCCAAGGUAAGGCUUGUCAUGGAUUCCGAGGAGGGCAGAGAGCUCAGGGCGCGGGUCGCGGCGAAUAAGGAAGACGCCAUGGCAGCUUGGAACGACGGCGGGUCGUCGCGGGUGGCGUUUGCCCAUUUUUUGGCGGACGUGGCCAGCCAACAGGAUCGGGCUUGCACUCGGGAAGGAAUGGGACUCAGUGAUGCGUGAUGUUUUUGCUGUUCCAGAGACAAGAUGACAAAAUUCAUGGACUAUUUUCUUUGAUUUUAGUAGUCCAACUUUAUUCUUUUCUACAUACUGCAAAAAAUUCAGCAUUGGUAAGAAUUCAGUUGAGAGUGUAAAUAGUUAAGUAUAUAAAUUCAGUUAAGGAAAUUGACAAUUUUGACAGUAAA